AUGGUCUUCCUCUACUUUGGGAAGAAGGCUUACCGGGCCAUGAAAGGCUCGGGCAAGACGCAAACAACACCAGCCACAAAGCCAGAAGGGACAGGAGCACCAGCAAGCGAUGGGACGAGUUAUCAAGACAAGAACGGCCAAACGCCAUUGGAAAGAACUUCAAGCACGCCGACUUGUAGUCACCAAUUCAAUUCGACCUCUGGACCCUGCCCUACAUGCAAGUCUGAGCGCAAGGCACAGCUACAGUACAGAGUCAAGCUCUUUGCUGGCCUCGUUCUCCCCUUUGUAGUCCAAGCCUUGGACGUGACAAUUGUCGCAAGUGCCUUGCCCUGGAUUGCAGCCGACUUCCACGAGACUCGCCAGCUCAACUGGAUCAUCGCAGCCUUCAACCUCACAUCGGCCGCCUUCAUCCCCUUCUGGGGCCAGGUCGCCGACAUCUUUGGACGCCACGUACCGAUACAGACCUGUUUGGUGCUGAUGCUCAUCGGCAGCGCGCUAUGCACCGGCGCACCGACGGAUGCCUUCCCCGUUCUCCUGCUCGGCCGCGGCUUCCAAGGCUUGGCAUGUGCUGGCCUCAACGUCCUCGUACGCAUCGUCAUCGCCGACAAGGUGACCCUGCGCGAGAACGCCAAGAACUGGUCAAUCUUCUCCUUCUUGGGAGGUGUCUUGGGAUGGGGACUGGGUCCUGUAUUGGGAGGAUACAUCACGAGCGGUUCUUCCUGGAGAUGGUGCUUCGGCAUUAACCUGCCCAUCGCCUUCGUCAGCAUCUUCGUCCUCUACUUUGUCCUUCGUUCUGAACUCCUCGGACCGCAACCCAUUCCCCAGCUCGACGAGACAACCGAAACGGGCCGCCGCACAACAUUCAAAAAGCGUCUCCAGACAAUCGACGUCGGAGGCCAGCUCCUCUUCCUCUUUGGCUUCGGUCUUAUCGUCCUCGGCUUGACCUGGGCCGGCGCCACAUACUCGUGGAGUAGCCCCGCCGUUCUCGUGACACUUAUCCUGGGUGUCGUUAUCAGCAUCCUUUUCGUCGUCUGGGAGUACCACAUGCCCCCAGGCAAGGCCCUGGCCCGCCGCUUCCCGUGGCAAAAGGCCAUGAUCCCCUGGGAGUUGGUCCGCAAUAGGGAUAUUGGCCUCUUGUUCUACACCUCUUUCGCGACGGGUAUGGCCAUGUACUCUGUGCUGUACUUUUGCAACAUCUACUUUACAAUGGUGAAGCUUUGGUCGGCGGAUCAGUCUGGCGUGCAGCUGCUGUACUUUACCCCGGGCUUGGCAGUUGGUGUCUACGCCUCGGCUUUCAUGUGCAACGGCUGGCCGCGUAAGACGUUCCCCCCAAUCUUCCUCGGAUCGAUUCUAGAGAUGCUCGGCAUCGGCUUGCUGGCGUGGGCACUCUGGACAGAACACCUCCCUACCGUAUAUGGGAUGAUGGCUCUCACCGGCGUCGGAACCGGUCUCCGUAUCAUGCCCGUCCCUCUCCACGGCGUCGGCUACUUCCCCAAGAAGAUCGCAGCCGUCAUUUCUCUCAUGGCAGUCGCAUACCCCUUUGGCGGAACGUUGGGCCUGACCAUCAUGACGACCGUGUUCAACAACGCCUCGGGCAUCAGCGAGGACUCACCCCUGAGAGACUUUGAGGCCCUUAGCCGCCUGCCCGCCGCCACGCAGCAGCAGGUCACCCACGACGCCAAGAUGGGUGUCGUCUGGGCAUUUGUUGCCAUCUGUCCCUUCAUGGUCCUUUGCACGGUAUCGGCCUCGUUCCUUGGCAACGUCUACAUCAGCAAAGUCGAGGAGGGCGAGAAUGAGAGGCAGAACGAGAUCUACGAGGGCGUCUACUUGAUUAGCUAUUUCCGCAAGCGAGGCACCGCCAAGAAUGUAAGGAGAGAGCAUCUGUCGGGCGGAGAAUCGAAUUUGGAGUAG